CACCAUGCAGCAACUGUGACGGUAAAAACGUGACCUGUGUUGACGGUGUGUGUCUACCUCGCUGUGUCAAUGUGUCGUCAUCUGGAGAGUGUUUCCAGUGUCGGGACUCCAGGUUCUAUGGUAAACAGUGUGAACAUGACUGUCCAGACACCUGUCUCAACAUUAGCUGUCAGAUGGACAACACCCGUGUUGUGUGUACAGAGGGAUGUGUGGCCGGCAAGAAGGGAGAUAACUGUGGUGUGAACUGUCCUACAGCCUGUACACAGUGUGAACGUUAUGGUGAUGGUUGUACAGGACCGUGUCAGAAUCCCCGGUAUUACGGGCCACACUGUAGAACACCUUGUUCCUCCAACUGUACAGAUGGAUGUAAUAGGAUCACGGGGGAGUGUGGCAGCUGUGAGCCAGGUUAUACAGGGGACAAGUGUGAUGUUACCUGUCCCCCCAACUGUAGAGAUGGAUGUGAUAAAGACACGGGGGAGUGUGGCAGCUGUGAGCCAGGUUACACAGGGGACAAGUGUGAUGUUACCUGUCCCCCCAACUGUAGAGAUGGAUGUGACAAAGACACGGGGACGUCAAGUGAGGGUCUAGAGGGUCUAGAGGGUCUGAAGGGUCUUGAGGGCCUAGAGGGUCUGGAGGGCUUAGAGGGUCUGGAGGAUCAAGAGGGUCUAGAGGGUCUGGAGGGUCUAGAGGGUCUGGAGGAUCAAGAGGGUCUAGAGGGUCAAGAGGGUCUAGAGGGUCUGGAGGGCCUAGAGGAUCUGGAGGGUCUAGAGGGUCUGGAGGGUCAAGAGGGUCUAGAGGGUCUGGAGGGCCUACAGGGUCUGGAGGCAACAAGAGCCAACGCUGAAGCCGCGUAUGUUGUACUUGUCGCCAUCCCCAUCCUCAUCCUCGUUGUCAUCGUGUACAGAAGGCGACGCAAAGGAAGACAGCAGAACCAAAAAGGAACUCCUAAUCCAACAUACACAUCGUGUUCGGUCUAUACACUAGGCGGGGACAUGUGUGAUGAGCUGAACGGGGACACGUCGAAGGAGGUCAUGGAGGGGGAGUUUAAAAAACUGCCUUCUUCAAAUAUAAAACCAGUAAAUUGUGCCUCCUUGGACGAAAACGAAGGGAAGAACAGAUACAAAGAUAUCCUGCCAUUUGAUGCUACACGAGUGCCCCUUGAGAUUGAAAAUGAAGAUGACAGUGACUACAUCAACGCCUCUUACAUAGAUGGAUACAUGGACCAGACCCGUUAUGUUGCAACCCAAGGGCCCUUGGAACACACAAAGAACGACUUCUGGAGGAUGAUAUGGCAACUCAACACCGCCAAGAUUGUCAUGGUUACUAACCUCAUGGAGUCGGGGAAGUUGAAGUGCUACAUGUACUGGCCAUUCUGCAGCUCUGAGUCCACGAUGUACGGCAGUAUAAGUGUUCAGUGCGCGAAAGAGGAGGUCUACGAGACCUACACCCUCCGCUCAAUGGCGAUCUGGAAGGAAGGUACAGAGACAAGAAUGAUCAAGCAGUUCCACUUCACACAGUGGCCCGACCACGGGGUUCCCAGUGACACUUCAGCACUAUUACACUUCCACAAUGUAGUGAAGGACACGGCACUACCACUGUCAGGGCCAUUAGUGGUUCACUGCAGUGCAGGUGUUGGACGGACUGGCACUUUCUUAGCGUUGGACUACUUACUCGACCAGGCGAGGAGCGAGGGUCGAGUCUGUAUCUUCAACUGUGUGCAACACUUCCGUAGGGAGAGGAUGAAAAUGGUUCAGACAAAAGAGCAGUAUAUAUUCAUACACAGCAUUCUCCUGGAUGCCUUGCAAUGUGAACAGACCUUGACUCGCCCCAUCGAGCCAGUACACAUCCAGUGUGAGACAUGCUGGAACCGGCUUAAUAAUACGCACAGGGUCAAUAUGGACAUUUCAUCCAUUGACAGUGAUGAAGAAGAUGUUCUGUAUGAAAAUGUUCCCCAUCACUGGGCACGUCAGCUUCAACAAAGAAGUGGAGAUGCGGCCUCUCUCCCCGACGUCUGUGACGUGGUCUGUGAAACAAUGCCCUUGCUGCCUAGUGAAACAGACAAUACAAGCGAGGAGAGGAGCCCGGAAGAGAAGACGGACGACGAGGGAGGAAGGAUGAGUUGGGUGUCGCCUCUGUUAGGUACAAGUGACAGGGUACAGGAGACAGGUUACGAGUGACAAGUCACUGUUUCGUUCUGCCACAUAUUCCAGAGUUCCUUGAAUACAUAUUUUGUUCAUACUGUGCGUGUGUGGUGAUAAGUAGGGCAGUGCACCGUAUUGGUAAAUUUCGUUUAAGGCCAUCCAUUUCUUGUAUGUGUUUUAAAAACAAAAUAAACUGAUGUUGUGUAACUUAUUCUAUAACAUUUUAAAGUUUUAAAACUUUUGCUAUCAGUCUUUAAUAAUUUAUUUAUGACGUAGAUUGAGUUACUUUGCUAACAAAUAUUUAAUAAACAUAGCUGAAGAAAGAUCAAUCUCAUCUGGUUUUAUUAUAGACUUCAGUGUGAAAGACUGGUUUUUCUGAAGUGUAAAGUGAUAUUUUCAUUGCAGUGAACCUAACACUUGAUAUUUCACUGCAGUAACACGUUGACGGAACUAUUGUUAUACA